AUGGCUCUAGCAAAGAGUCUCUCUCUCAGCGAUCUUUCCGAGAUUCGCAUUUCUUGUGCCAAACCAUUUUCGCGUAUGCAAGAUUCCGACACCGUCAAGGGAUCCCAAUUUAAGACUCUUCAAUCCGCGUGCGUUACUGACUUCGAAGUCACACACGGAGUUAUGAGAUCUCUUGCCGAAAGAGCUGAAAACCGCAUCAAAGGCUUUGCCGAGAUUCCGAGAAUCAAUACGGUAACAGCCUCGAUGCGGCCAAGCUCGCAAGUCCCAAUUUUUGGUGGUUCACCAAACGACACCUUCUCCGCAUUUUUGCGAUCCUUCAAUGAUCAUGCUAAUACAGCAAAACCUCCUUUGGGAGACCUCGAAAAGAGGAAUAUUUUCUUGACUUAUUUGACAGACGCAGCCAGAGACCGCGCAGAGGAGUUCCUGGAGCAAGAGAGCGAAGCCUCGUUCGCAACCUUGGUUAACCAUCUAAAGGUAAAAUACGAAGAUCCGGUAAGAGCAGAACUCUCGCGCCAGCAACUCCGAACAACGAAACAGCUUCCGGGCGAGUCUGUAGAUGAGUUUGCAGCUAAGGUCAGAAAACUCGCAAAUUCGUCGUACCUCGGAUACUCGCGUGAAUAUAUCAGGGCCAAAACCUUAGAAGCGUUUUUGGACGGGCUCAAAUACGACAUAAAAUUCCACGUUAAGGCCAGUAACCCAAGAACCUUCGAGGACGCCCUCAAUUCCGCAGUGAGGUACGAGAUUUUGCUUCAAGAAGCAGCAAGGGCUAACACCAUCAACCCACAAACCCUCCCCGUAGCACUCCUACAAGGGGUAGACAACCAAAACCGCGAACGAACGUCCCGAACCCUUCCCCCUCAACACCGUUUCAGAAACACCCCACGGCAAGUGAAAUGCUAUUUCUGCGGACGUCUCGGACAUAUGAUGGCCAAUUGCUUCAAGAAAAACCGUCAAUUUGGCCGCAUCGACCCAAUUGAUAAUCACCAGAUCAGAAACCGGAAUCAGCCGAUCUUUGGGAACCCAGGAAGACGGACAAACAACUACGAAGGUAACUCAUCAGACGUACGUAAUUUCCAGCCUGACACGACCGCUGACGAUACAGUAAGAGAAUUACGCGCUCAAGUCGAAGCGUUGACCAUGCGCAACAACCAACUAACGAACAGCAUGACGCCCAGAGUUAACACGGUAAGAGUCUCGAAAUUACCUUUGUUCAUUGCUCUCCUCGCCUGCCUGGCAAGUCCCACCACCGCGUUUAAUGCUCUUUUAUGUCUACCGAACUCUCCCGAAUCGCUGAUCAACUUUCCAUCAUCGUUCGAUUGCAACUCAGUCAAACCCUCCCCAUUCACCCAGACAAAGAAAGUUUCUCUCAGCGUUUACCGACCAAAUUCCAUUGCGUAUGACUCUACCGCCACCCUCUGCAAAAUCAUUCAAACCACGUCCACUUUCUCCGUUAACCUUUUUGGAUCCCGCUACAUCGAAACAAAUUCCAAGCAAGCAACCGUUUCGGCAGAAGAAUGCAAACUAAUGAUGAAUCAUCAACGUUGCUCAUUCGCCGACAAAUUAACAAAAAUCGUAAGCCGCAACGCUUUCUCAACCAGCGGUAGCACAAAAGCCAACGAGAUUAGCGAAGUCAUCAGCGCCUACGAGCAAUGGCUUGACCUCGGUCACCGAUUGUUCCAGGCCUGGACCGCUAUAGUUUGCACAUUUGUCACCCUUUACGCAAUCUUCCUCGUCGUAGCCAUAUUCAUCAAGCAACAGGCCGAAGCGCUGCCAUUCAGCGUUUUCCAUCGUUUUGGCAAAAAGACGGCUAAUCCACCCUCCGAAGUCAUCUUCGACUAUUCGGACCUAUGGCCGGCAACAACUACAAUAGCUACCUUCCACUCUCCGCAAGCGUUAUUCACCGCGCAAAUUCCCAUUAAAGCGAACAACAUUAAUCUCCUAGCCCUGGUGGACACCGGCGCCAGUUUUACCAUAGCAGGCUCCGAGAUAUGCGCACUCAUCGGCAUCCACACGCUCAACAAACCGCUGACUAACAACGCUAUAGGCUUGGGAGGCAACGAAGUGAAAAUUGCGGGAACCGCGCCAAUCAGGUACAAAAUCGGAUCAUUCGAAAUUCAACACAUCACACACUUCACGAUCAAUAAAUGCACUCCACCGGGUCCGUUCUCCUACGACAUUAUAUUAGAGGCUUUUGUCACUUGUGUUUCCCCGCAAAAUAAAAACGUCUUCGACGCCACUCUCAUUUCUCAAGCCAAAAAGAUCACAGAACUUGGACUUCUCAUCGCACCAACAGUCAUAUCAACUAACCACAUUGCUCUUCUCGUUACUAACCCAUCGAAUCAAAUGGUCACUCUGUACCCAGAGAUGACCAUCGCCACCGCGGCGAUGGUAUUCUCCGAAGGCACACCUGAAAAAGUGCUGACCUGCCAUUACUCUUCAGGGGGUUCCCCUGACGUUCUGUCAAUAGAUAACGAAAAUUUCAGAAACCCGCAGUUUAAGAUCGACCUGACCAAGGCCGAACUCUCAGAUGAGAGGAAGGAACUACAUCUUCAUAAACCUUUACAAGCCAAGAAGGCUGAUCGCAACAGCAACUUCCGCGCUAUCCUUGUUAACCACUACAUGGAAAAGCUUAGUCAUUCCCGAAGCACACCAAUGAUCCGAUCCACCGCGGUUUCCGAACCGCUACGAGCUCUGGUCGAGAAACGGUUGGUACCGACCGUCGAACUCCGCCACGUAUGGAGAACUCACCCGACCAUCACAACCACGUUGAGUGAUCUAUUCUACGGUAAUUCCCUCAUUACCAAGGUAGAGGCUAGGGAGCGGUCAAACUUUAUGACACGUACCCCGUGGUGGCCGAACAAAGAGCAUCCAAUCCUGUUCGUGCACCACACACACAGCCACACCUUGGCUGAAGCCGGAUACUGGAGCGAAAUAUUCCGCACAUGCCGAUACGCACAAACGAUUCUCACCGAGUCUCAACUACCGGAAACGCAAUAA